AUGGCAUCUUCCAAGAAUCUCUUGAAAGACGUCCCCAAGCCUCUUUUCCAGUCCUUCAUGUUUGGGAUCGCAACCUGCUUCACAUCCUGCCUACUGUUAGCUCUCUUCUCCUUCAUCAUCUUCCUCGGCCGCAACCCUCAGUCUUUGAUGUUAAGCCCCCGAGUCCUCACCGACGCAGCAGGUUCGCCACCUUUUAUUCCUUCUAACACCUGUGAGAAUGGCAAGAAUGCCACCAAAGACCUUAAUUCUUCUCCCACUUUCCUCCCUUCUGCCACUUCCCUCAACACCCAUUGCACUACUGCUCCCAAUAAUCACUCCGGCGUCAUUCAAGACCCUAACCUCCUCAAGAACAAGAACUGGAGCAUAGGGAGUUGGGUGGAGGGUGGGCAUGGGGACUUGGCCUCUUGUGAUCUCUUUGAUGGGAGAUGGGUAGCAGAUGACUUGAGCCCGAGUUACCCGCCGGCGACAUGUCCAUUCGUCGACAAUGCCUUCGACUGCUUCGGCAAUGGUCGUGCCGAUUUGAACUACAUGAAACUCCGGUGGCAGCCGAAGGGCUGCAGGAUACCAAGGCUGGAAGGGAAGAGAAUGCUGGAAUUGUUGAGGGGGAAGAGGCUGGUGUUUGCCGGCGACUCGCUGAAUCGGAAUAUGUGGGAGUCACUGCUCUGCAUCCUGAGAAACUCUCUGCGAAGCAAGCAACGAGUAUUCGAGAUAGCCGGCAGAACAGAGUUUCGAACCAAUAAUUCCUUCGCUGUUAGGUUCAUUGAUUAUAACUGUUCAAUCGAGUUCUUUCGAUCACCAUUUCUCGUGCAACCAUGGGCAAGAGUGGAUGCAAAUGGACAAAGGAGGGAGACACUUCGACUCGAUUUGAUUGAGGAAUCAUCUUCUAAGUUUCAGAAUGCUGAUGUGAUUGUAUUCAACUCAGGGCACUGGUGGACGCAUGAGAAGACCUCAAGAGGGAAGAAUUACUACGAGGAAGAUGGUCAUGUAUACCCCCAACUGAGCGCAGCAGAGGCUUACCGGAAGGCGAUGAGGACAUGGGCCAGAUGGGUCGACACACAUAUUGACUCGAAACAGACUCGGGUCUUCUUCCGGGGCUACUCCAGCUCUCAUUUCAGCGGCGGCCAGUGGAGCUCAGGUGGGACCUGCAAUGGAGAGACCCUUCCAAUUGCCAAUGACAAGCACCGAGCAAAGUACCCGGCCCUGAUGCAGAUCCUCGAGUCGGUGAUCGAAGAGAUGAGAACACCUGUUCUCUAUCUUAAUAUCACAAGAAUGACAGAUUACCGCAAGGAUGCUCAUCCUUCGGUGUACCGGCAACCGAUGGCACAGAGGAAGACUGGAGCAUUGCAGGACUGCAGCCACUGGUGCCUCCCUGGUGUCCCUGAUGCAUGGAAUGAGCUCCUCUAUGCAAUGCUUUUGAGGGGCUCAUAGCUGCUGCCUGCCAAAAUGACUAGAGUGUACAGAUGGUCUAAUCUCCUUUUCUUUGCUUUAUAAAGAGUCAAGGACU